UUUCAUCUUCCUUCACAGGUUACCAUUGGCAUGACUCUUCUCUCUGGAGAUCCCUGCUUCAAAACGCCUGUGAGCACAGCUAAGACCAUUGCCAUAGCCGGGCAGGACCCCUCUCUGCAGCUGGACCGCAAGGGAGAGGGCACCGCCGACCACUCUGCACCGGCCCUCGGUGGCAGCACUCGCCGAUCGGUCAAAAGUAGACCAUCUGUGAACAACUCUGGAGGACUUCAGGAGGGAUUGGAGGAGAACCUGUCCAGUCCAGAUGAAGUGUUUCACACGGGACAUUCUCGCAACUCCAGCUUUGCCAGCCAACAGAGCAAAAUCUCAGGUGGGACUCAGGGCACGAUCAAAAGAGCAUCAGGCUACAGUACGGAGCACUCUCACUCCUCCAGCCUGACAGAUCUGUCCCAGCACCGGCGGAACACCUCCACCAGCAGCAGCAACACAUCAGGAGGAACGUCUGCAACUAUCGAGAGCCCCGUAGAGCCGGAGAAAGAAGUGGUAAAACCAGAGAGACCCCCACGUCCCCCACGACCUGCUCUGCCCCCAAACAGACCCUCAAGGAGAAAGAAGGACACUGUUGAGAACCAUCCCACAUGGGUGGACGACACACGCAUUGAUGCAGAUGAUAUUGUGGAGAAGAUUGUGCAGAGUCAGAACUUUGCGGAUGUCAGCAACAAUGAAGACAGCAAUUUAACUCUGUUCGUCAGUAGGGAUGGCACCACAGCAUUAAGUGGCAUACAGCUUGUCAACAGGGUGUCUGCGGGUGUUUUUGAACCGGUGGUGAUUGAGAGCCAUUAGAUCUCUGAGGCCACAGUAGAUACUCUCUCACACAGCCACUGCCUUUUUAUUAUUAUUUUGAAAAGAUGGAGAGAGCAAGACAGGGACUGUAUGUCAGAGUGGGCACCUGACUUCACAACUUGCUCCUCUUAUGGGUCUGACGUAUUACUCGCCUAUUACAACCGUAACACCCUAAUCAUGCAUUACAUUUGCUGAAAAAACAGUGGUGGGUACGUUCAUUGUUCUAUGAUUAAGAAUGAAUUAAUCAUAAAUAUUCUACAGCGGAUUACAAACUACUUGAAAUGCUUUAAGAAAUGAGGCAAGAUGGGAGCUUCAGUCUAACACUGUGAAAUAUGAGGGCAGUCCAAAGGUUUUAGAAAGAAAUUUAGUUCAAUAUUAUAUUAAAAUUUUAGUAGCAUUUCACAUAUUAUUUAAUGUUUUAAAGUGGGAUGAUUUAAUGUCUUAUAUUUUUUGUGAUGCAUUUCACACCCCUAUUAAAUACAAACCACUGAAAUCCACCUGCCCUUGCAUACAUUCUAAUAAUGCAGUUUAGUCAGUAACCAGCCCAUUAGCCUGCGAUAUACAUGGAUUAAUAUACAUGAAAUCAUGUAUGGCUGGCCAUACAUAUAUGUCAGAGGCAUAUGUUCCAGCUGGACUGGUGAAGAUAAAAUACAUAAAUAUACUGUACUGCCCCCUCUCUUUCUCUUUCUAAGUAAAAUUCCCAGUGUAUUUCUAACUUCGUCUGUCAGUAUUUCAGUUUAUUUCACUAUUCUAAUCUUUCACUUUGCUGCUGCUUUCAGCUUUGAAUAUUUGUGUGACUGUGAGUUUUGGCUCUGACAGCUCUGCGGUGCACACAACACAACAGCACAGCCAAGUCAUUUGUGUUGAUUCUCUCACUAGGGUCUUGUUAGUAUCAAAAUAGUCAUAUCCAGUGAGAUCCUGCAUUGUGCAGUUAAAAUAUAAAGUAAGAGCAAAUGAUUUGGAGAAUCCUUUUUGUAAGACACCACUGAAUAAUUCCAUUGUUUGUAGGGCUAGAUCAGAGACAGUGACUCAUAGUCACACAUCUGUCCUUGGCGACUGCCUCUGUGUUUCUGACCAGCACCUGGUGUGCAAUAGGAAACAGUGUACAAUAGACAUGACAGUGAACUCAAGAGAACGGAAGGCCCAGUUUUCUGUGUUUCUCUGUCAUGUACUGCUUGUUUGGCAUCUAAUUAGCUAUUCAUGAUCUUUGUCGUGGAGAUGAAUAUUUCUCAGUUGAUCUGAGAGCAUUCACCACAUUAAAGACUGACAUUUUGUUUAAUUUUUUUUUGUCAGUUGCGAGAAAAGUGCAAUGUGGGCUUGUUGUUUUGUAAAAGCCCAUUUUAAUGAGUUCUUUCAGGGAAUUAAGCCCUGAAAUAUUUCACCUGUCCAGUGGCUUAAAAUUACACGUUUAAACAGAAUCACUGUUCACUAGUAUACUAGAGAGGUGAGGGUUAGUUACAUUCACAUUCAUAUUAAUUAACGUUCUUGUUAUUAAUGACAUUUAAAAAAAACGAGUCUGUGGCAUGAUCCAGCUGCUUCUCUACAGGAUUAGUACUCCUGGAAAUUUAAAGUAACACUAACUUUUAAAGGGCAAAAUAUACAAUAUGAUAGUUACGCGGCCUGAUAAAGCGUGUUCUGGAUGUUUCUGCUUAGCUAGUAUAAGGGGAUUCUCUGAAGACACUGAAAAACGUAUCUAAUUGUUUUCAUUGUUUACACUUUGUAGCUUUCAUCUACUCUUACACAAAAAAGCUAUUAGCAACUAAGAACAAUAACUAUCCUGUCAUCUUUAUUUUCGAGCCAGCGGGCUGGUUCACUGGAAUCUCUUUAAGGGGGAUUUCCCCCUCAACCUUGAUGUCAAAUAAAUCUAAGUCUAACAUUUGUGUUGAAAUAAUGACCAUCUGUAGUUCUUGUUCUUCCUCUCUUCUCUCUCUUUGUCUUACAAACACUUUUGUAAUGUUUUUAGUGAUAAUUGACUGUAAUCUGUGAUCUUUCUAAUGCAGAAGAGUAGAUAUAUAUACUUGAUUUAAGAUGCUGUUGCAGGGAGCAGACUGGGGUCGAUAUGCAAAAGUUGGAAGCAAGAGGGAUGAUGUCAGUUUUUGUACAUUUCAGUAAUCUGGAGCUUUUGUUCUCUUUAAAAAUAAGGUUGUUUAAUCAAUGCCUGCACGUUCAUUUAUUUAGAUAUAAAAUAAAUAUUGUUUUAAAUAUGUAAAUCUAAGGUUCGAACAGCAUUGAGCGGCACAGGCUCCAGGAUACUGAAACCUCAGAUGAUAUAUAUGUAAAGUUCACUACAACAGCACUUAAAUACUGAGGACUAAUGUCACUCACACAUUCUCCAGAAUGUUGAUCUUCAUUUCUCCUGUGCUAUUGUAAAGGAUGAAAGCUAUGCACUUACAGAAAGCUUUCCAUGAUUACAUCCAUAUUAAUGACAGCAACAUUCAUAAAGUGAAAUAUAUUCUGGAGAUUUCUUUCAAAAUGAAUUUACCAUUAAAGUACUAUGGAAAUGAAUUUAUUUUUCUGAUUGUGACAAAUAUUUAUAUAUAAGCAAUGUGGUGUUGCUCCAAAGUUUUCUUGGUCUUUUGUUUGGUUUCAUGCAUGGAGAGGAUACUUUCUAAUGAUGGACCGGAACUAUAUUUCUACACUCAAAAUGUGAAUGUUUCUUUCUUUAAUGUAACUGUCAGGUGAGGUUAUCUGUAUGUAUUAUUUGGGGGAAAUAAAGAUAAUGUUGGGUAAUAAAUAAAAA